UUGUACUUUUUCAGAACAAUACUUGUACUUUUUCAGAACAAUACUUGCACUGCUUCAGAACAAUACUUGUACUUUUUCAGAACAAGACUUGCACUGCUUCAGAACAAUACUUGUACUUUUUCAGAACAAGACUUGCACUGCUUCAGAACAAUACUUGUACUUUUUCAGAACAAGACUUGCACUGCUUCAGAACAAUAUUUGUACUGUUUCAAGACAAUGUCCGACGUCCCACCAACCGAGUCCAUUCCCAAACCAGAGGAACCUAAAGCACCAGCCCCUGCACCUCAGUUCCAGCAAGUACCUCCACCAAAUUACUACCAAUUUCCACCUCAAGGUUACUACCAAUUUCCACUACAAGGCUUCCCGAACUACCCUCCUCAGCCUAUGCCUUACUUCCCCAACCCUUGGAUGUUCCAGCAAGCUCCACCCCAGCAAUUCCAAUCUCAAUCUCAAUCCAAGAGAGACCAAGAGUUCGAAGAAGGUCUGAACCGCUUACGCAAAGAGUAUGCCACAGCCCCUAUGGAAGACGACAGGCUUUCAGUCUCUUCCCUCAAAUCGACCGAUUCGACUCGUACCACAGAUUCGGUUCGUGACCGUGAAGACUACCUCAAGCAGUCUGAGAGACUCUUCAUCCUACAACCAUUUACAACUGGAGCUCUCAAGAACAUGCGCAAUUACGAAGGUCAGACACCAGCUGGAGACCGCAAAACAGACGUACUCGCAAGAGCAGUCCAACUGGUCAAGACAAAGACCGAGAUAGUCGACUUCAUUCUUGCAGCUUGCCCAUACAAGUAA